UCUAAGAACUACCCCCUUGGUAAGAAUCAGAGUCUUGGUUACAUUAUUAAGCUAAUAGUUGCUCAGUUACAUUGUUAGCUUAAUAAUGUUACUGAUCCACAUACAUAAAGGGACAAGAGAAAGGAAUGGAAGCGGGAAGGGAAUUAACAUUAAUGGCCACAUAUCCUAUGCUAUGCUCUCUGCAAAUGAGAACUUACUGAUAGAGUGCAUCACAGUUUGUAAACUGAUUUUAUAUACAUUAGGUCUCAAGUGCCAUUUGUGUUAUAGGACAGGUGUAAAUAUGUUUUUGUUUAUUUUGUUUGUUUCUGCAAUUGUAUAAAGAGUACAAGUGAUGCUGUUUUAUGUCCUAUUUGGAGCCUGAGAUUUCUGGUUCCAUAACCAGAAGCUGCUGCUUAGCCUUUCUAAUGGAAUGGAGAGCUAGUUUAUUCUUAGACUGUCCAGCUCUGAACUUGCUCUGAAUCUCAAGCUUUUCUAUCCACAAAACAGGGGCUUUCAACUAUUUUUCUAUAUAUUAGAUUUAUUGACACUAACUUGGUGACUUCCAAAAUGUGCUUUCAUGCCCACGUAGCUUGAAUACAGGUCUCUAUCACUGAUCUAGAGCACAUCAUAAAUAAUAAUACUUUGCUACUUAUAUAAAGACAAUAUCGCUGAUUUUUCAACACAAUUUGUUUUUGUCUGUGACACACAGCUUGUGGGAUCUUAGCUCCACAACCAGGAAUUGAACCCGGGACACAGCAGGGAAAGUGCCGGGUCCUAACCACUAGACCACCAGGGAACUCCCCGAAACAAUUUUUUUACUAGUUGUAUUACUCCCUUCUACCCCAGAAGUGGGCAGAAAAGUCAUUUUUAAUCUCCUUUUAGAGGUGAGGAGAAACAAGAUCAGAGAUGUUAAGUGCUAUGACCUUAGUGCCCCGAUCUCUUCUCUCCAGUUUGGGCUCUCUGCAAGCCCAUGCUCCUCCUUUCUCAUGACCCUUCCCUCCUCCUUUGACCCUUAGGAAAAAUACUUUUAAUCCUUUUGGAAGAGAAGCCUAGCUACACAAUGGUACACAUUACCUUCACACAGUCAGAAGCUUUGGAUGGUUCCCCAAGUAAAGCUGGAAAUAUUAGAAGUAAAAUGAAAUGAAAGCAAAGUAGCCAUCUGACAGAAGUUGCUUUUUCCCUUCUGCAUUUUGGACCUCAAGUAUUAUUCCAUUGAUUUGUUGAACAUUCCACAUUGGCAUACAAUUGGGCAAAUCUCUUAACUUAUACCCCAGAUCCCUGCCCAAAUUUUAGCAAAGAGCUUGGGUGGACAUAGUGUUUUUUUUGUGUGUAUAGAGCCUUCUGUUAUGAGGGCUGGGAUAUAUGGAAGCAGGGACUGAGCAAAGGACUUGGUGGGUGGGUGGAGAAGAAAAUGUCCAGAUGACGAUCUGUUAACAGCGGUUGUUGUCGUGGUCAUCUGUGAUAGUAGCAAGGACACAAGCACACUAAAGAGGUGGAUAGAGGAAGGCUCACACUCCUCUGCCUCUGAGGAGGGACAGGAUGGGGUAUAUGAAUGUGAGGAGUCCCAGUAGAUCUGCAGAGAGUCCAGCUGAGUAGGGGAAUAUUUGUCUUCCAGCCUUGGCUUUUCUUCAGUACUGGCCCCUGUGAACCAGUGGAGUAAUCCUGAAUAUAGUUAGUAUAUUUCACGCUACAGAAUUUUCUGAGUAGAUAGCCACUUUUUCAAGAGAUAUCUUUUCGCAUUUUGCUGUUGCCAGUUAUAGGUUUAAGUGUGUGUUUCUUUUUCUCCUGUCACUCAAACGUUGACUGAUUCCUAAUUUAUUUGGCUGUGGACUGACUAAAAGCUGUCCCAUCAGUCUUCAAUGAUCAAAAACAGUUAUUUUUGACAGAUGAAGAAACAUCUAUAGGGAAUGCAGAAGCAUCGUUGAUGAAGGUGUUACAAGCCUGGAAGAAGAACAGCAGCGAGCUGACUAUUGAGUCAGAGAGGGCAUCCUCAGAUAAAGUGCUGUCAGCUUGUCAGGCUUCAUGAAUGAGCAGCUGGACUUUAAUAAUAAAAGUGAUAUUAUCAGUGCAUGAAUUACAUACUGCCUUUUAUCUCAGAGGGAAAUCUAGGAGAUAUGGAAUCAAUAUUAUUACCUUUCAUUCAAUACACAAGAUGGAGAUAUGCCACUGGGCAUUUUGAAAAUCAAUACAAGGAGCCCUUCUGUUAAAGCUGUACCCAACAAUUCAACUAAUAAAAAUAAAUUGAAGAAACUUCACAUUCUGGAAAAUUUGGUAGAUGCAGAAACCGAAGAAAAAUUUGAUGAGGUUAAAAAGGAAGAUAAACCUGCCACGCAUAUGCGUUCCAACCAUUUAAGUGCCAUGUUUAAACUCUACAUCUUUGAAAAGAAAUUGGAAGCUGCCCAACCAGAGAAAGACAGCCUAGCAAAGACUGAGAUUACAGAGAAACACCUGCUGAGAGUGAACAGGGGCCUCAGGGGCCCAAGGGGCAUACAGAAAAUGCACCUCAAAGCAGUGGGAGAUGAGAGCGUCAGGAGGAAACAGAAUGCCCAGCAAUCUGUGGCGAACACUGCCGAAGAAAGAAGGCUCAGGAGGCCAUCCCCAAGAAAGCUGAAACAGCUUCUCAUGGUGCAGAGGCCCAGAAAGCUGGUAGGAAAGUCGUCCAAUGCAGAGUCUUCAUUCACAAAGGAACACAAGGCAGCAGGCUCCUCUUCCCUGAAACAGUCCUUCAAGGGCAGGCCUUCUGCCUCCAUCCCUCCAAAAUCCCCAUCUGAGGUUAAAAGCAAAUCAAAAGACUUAUCCCACACUAUUUUUGUUUUAGAAGCUGUAAAGGCUAGAGUUAGAAAUAUUAAGGCUCCUGAACUAAUCUCACAUUCUGGGAAAAAAUACAUCUUCCAUAAAACUCAGUCUCAUCGGGUCCACAGAAAACCAAUCAAAAGGAGUAGAAAGUGCAGAAAGAAAAGUUCACUCAAUAGAAUGAUGCUUGCAAGCUCUCCGUUCUCUGUAGUGAGGAGCCUCUCAAAUUCCCCUCCACGAAAGGCUGUUUCACCUUCAAGUGAGGUGACUUCUCAGGAAAAUCCUUUUCCAGCAUUAUUUUCUUUUACAGACACUUCUGCAGAAAACACUACUUCAGAAAACAAUACUGCACAAAAUGUUUCUGAAGAAAUUUUUUCUACAGGAAACUCUACUCUGCCAGGAGGAACCGGCCCUGGAAACACUACUCUUAGGAACGUCUCCACUGCACAUUCUACUGUUGCUGCAGAUAACAGUAUGCCAACUGUUCAACACACCAACAAAACACAAUGGGAGUACCACAACACGGGCACUGAAUUAUCCCCAAGCCCACGCUUCACUUUCCCAGGGCUCACAUCCCCAGGUGAUCAAGUUGAAACUCAGCUAAACCAGCAGCUCUGGUCCCUCGUCCCCAACAAUGACAUGCGAAAGCUCAUUUCUCAUGUUAUCCAGACUUUGAAAAUGGACUGCUCAGAGACCCACGCACUGGCCUGUGCCAACCUCAUCUCUAAAACAGGCCUCCUGAUGAAGCUUCUCAGAAAGCAGCAAGAAGUAAGUGUUUCCAAAGCGGAAUGGCAUACGGACCAGUGGAAAACUGACAACUAUAUCAGUGAGAGCACAGAAGCCCAGAGUGAGCAGAAAGAGCAGGAGUCAAGUGAGCUCACAGAAGAAGUUCCAGGAUAUGGCUAUAACAACAAAGUCAUCUUGGCAAUAUCUGUAAUUGUAGUAGUGACGAUUUUGGUUACAAUUCUGUCUCACUGAGGAAGGCUUUUUUGGGA